AUGACAGCCAAUCAUCAAUACUUUGCCACGCCGGCAGUUGGGAAUUCAACUACUUGUAAAAUACAUCCGAGGGCUAUCAAUAUUCGAAGUUACAGCCAAAGCAUCCAGCCCUUCUUACAGAGUCACCUGCGCUUUCUCUUCUUCAAUACUAUUACUCUAAAGUCCUUCCAAUACCCGGAUCAUAAGACACUCGACGUUCUAGCUGGAACGCUCAGUGUCAUCAUUGUAGGCCGCAGACACAACGCUACUCUCCUGCCUCCGUCGCUUUUCUUUAGUCCAGCUGUAGGCUGUACUCUGCAUAUUUGGAUUGAUGCUGGCGCCUGCCGUCAAUAUUCGAAGAGAGAUAUUAGCCGGCACCCAUCAAAGCAUGUACAUCAUCGAACCACUAAGCCACUUUAUGAAAGCGAUUGA